AUGUCAGCACCACCAAAUCUAGGGCAAGAUGUGCUAGAGAUGAACGAGACUUACGAAGACUCAGACAAUGGCUUCUACUUCGCAGGCACACUCAUGGUAUAUCGAAUGAAUGGCAAUUUAUACCACGCAAAGCUGAAAGCCCGCUACUCAUCCCCUUCAAAUGUCAAUACAAACGACCUAGAGAAUAUCAUCCAAAUACCCAUCUCGGCCUACAAUCCAACCUUCUCUGCCGAGUUCACACUAGCGCCUGAGACACUACCAACCAAUUCCUUUGUCAAGACCCCCCGAUUGAUCAGUUACGAUCGAAUCAGUCAAGGGCUUCGACCGAAUUCUAUUGCAGAGGAUGUCCUUCAUGAAGUCAGGAUUUACGAACUCUUACGGCGGCACGCACAUCCUAAUAUUGCUACCUAUCUCGGUUGUCAGGUUUCUAAUGGUAUGAUCACGGGUCUUUGUCUGCAGAAAUAUCCUCGUACCCUUCUCAAAGAGAUCAAUCCAGGCAGUCUGAACAAGAGACAUUUGAGAAAUACACGGGUGGUAGGGAAAGACUAUACCUCGAUUCUGGCAGAUAUCGAGAGGGGGAUUAGGCAUCUUCAUUCGUUGGGAUUGGUACAUAAUGAUAUCAAUCCAAACAAUAUCAUGAUUGAUAAUGGUAGGGCGAUUAUUAUUGAUUUUGGGUCUUGUCGGAAGCUGGGAGAGAGUCUAGAGGAUGUUGGUCGGACCUAUGAAUGGUAUGAUGAGAAGGUGAAGCACUCUUUCUUUGAGAAUGACUUAGCUGCGUUAGAAGAGAUUCGUGUUUGGCUUGGGUAUGGUGAAGAGACAUUUCAGUUUGUUGAGUAG